AUGGCUUUGAACCCGGACGAACAGGAGAGCCAAAUCGUUGUUCCGCUCCAUUCACCUCCCCCUGAGCAAGAUUACCUUGACGAUGCAUUUCCUGGCGGUGCCGAUGGGUAUUACGGUUCAAAUGGAGAUGAAGAACAAGAACUUGACGCUGAUGAUGUACAAAUGAUUGACGUUGGCUCCGAGGCGGAUGAAAUGGUCUUGGAUACACAAUCAAUGCCCCAGCAACACCAUUCUCACCGUUGUCAGCAAGAUAGCAACAAUUCUUUGGUUGAGGAAACUCAGUUUGCAGACAUCGAAAAAGAUACCCAAGCAAUUCGGAAUGAAGAAGAGUCUGAUCAAAAAGACACUCAAAAAGUCAGUUUUGGUUCUCGAUCGUUUGUUGAAGAGACUCAAUUUGCAGACAUUGAGAUAGAUACUCAGCCUAUUGAGGAUUCUGCUCAAUUCGAUCAUACAUACCCAUCACGUCAAGGGCCGCAUGUAUCGGAGAAUGACGGAUCAGCCAUUGAUGUCGCCCGCCCAAACAGCAUGUCGCCACCCAUAAUGUUUUCUAGGCCAGUAGAGCCAACAGAAGCUCCUUUUAAAUAUCCCCCUGGACCAGGGAAGUAUGGAUCGACAGUCCAGAAUACAUCUGGACCGAAAGUUGCAGCUCAAACAACACAGAGAUCCCACGAAGUAUUGGCGAAAGUAACUCCCAUCCCCAAGCUUCACGGUAAACCUUCAACAAACUCGGUGCACCAUACGCAGAAGGCAUCCGCUGGUGACCAUAAUGCUUCUGCAACUCAUCCCAUCACCGAUGUUCGCGUCCGUGCAUCUGUUAGGCCGAUUCGGGGUAGAGAAGCAAUCCCUGUUGUUGAAGUUAUGCCAUUGAGUCAACAACCAUUUGAUACCCACAAUAUGCCUCCAAUUACUUCGGCUCAACAUCCCAAAAGCGUCCCUCUACCAGUUCUCAAGGCUUCCAGACACCACCAAAAGUCCAAUGUUCUCACUGCUCCAUCCGAAAAGCCAGCUCCAGAGCAGAUACUACCCCCUGCCAUUCAAAACACGGCAAUCAACGUGCGUUUUCCUGAUACUUGCAACGUACAUCUACAAAAAUCGGGUCAUCCUCCGAGAUCUGUCUCUUCAGCCUUGUGUAGCAGUUCUCAACGUCAUCAAAUUCCCGAUAGUGAUCCUGUUUCGUUAGUCAACGCCUGCGGUCCCAAGGAAGCUGCACGACCCAUUGUUCAGAACCACUCAGCGAUCCAUCCUCCUAUCCACAAUCCCACCAAAUGCAUAGCAAAUCUGCCACUUCAGACGGAAGGAAAUAUCUCAAUUCCAAAUGAUAUCACUCCGCAGUCUACAAGCCGUAAUGAAGUGGCCUCUUCCAAUAAAUCGAACAACAUUCCGGUGCUGAAAGCUUCUCACGAUGAACCAUCUAAGCUGGUUGAGUUACCUCCACCUCAACAAAAUGCUGCUACGCCAAUCCAUUAUGCGGGUCGCCUCCGGCUAAGACAAAAGUCCUCGAAUCAAAUGAAUCGUCUCGGCGUGAGCAAAAUCAAUGUUUAUGGUAACUUAGUCAAGAAAUGUCCAUUCCCAGAAGCUUUUGCGGACGAACCAAAAUUGCAAGCACACCGAGAAAAGCCAAGCAAACCUCAAGUACCAGUACCAGUACCUCAGUAUUCAGAGCCUCAAUUUGCUGAGAAAGAGCUUUCAAACGAGAUUCAACCAGCUUUGGGAUCAGAACCCCAGAGAUUUCGUACCAAUGACAAACUUGUCCGGCGAGGAUCGAUGGACCAGUCAGUGGAGAAUGCUGAUCCUCUGUCACACUCUCAAGUUCAAGUCUCGGAUGGCAGAAGGGAAGAUUUCACGGUGAAUCCUGUAGAAUAUGAAGAUAAUCCACAAGUAGAAGAUUCUGCUGAGGAAUUUAAUCAAUCGAUUCCGAAUCCCACAUUCCAGCCAGGCCAUCCUGUUAUGCAAACAGAUCGACAUUCUCCAGUAUAUCAGGAACCUUCGCGCAUUGUAUCUCAAGCAAACAUAUCCCGAACCCAGACACCUCGAUCUCAAGCAACUCCACGAACUCAGGGUGAAUAUGAGGCUCAGCGAAAAGUCGUAAAUAAGCCAAUUAAACCCCAUGACCUUGAACCUCAAGGAAUAUCUGAGGAAACAUUAGGUCAUAUUCGUGCGUCCAAAGUCACCAAAUUAGCAUCUGUGCAUUCUCGAGACGAAAUGAACAAAACCGGAGAUCACGUCAGUAGCUGCGAAAAGAGAUCUUCCCUAGAUUUCGAUGCUCUUCAUGAUGCCAUCGCUGAGUUCCAGGAACAACAAGACCUUAUCAAAGAUCAAGAGAAUCAGAUUGCAAUUCUCAAUACUCAGUUGCAAGAUGCAGAUCUAAUCAACGAACAAUUAGAGGCAAGCAAAGAUGAAUUGUCAAAGAGAGUUGAGAGAUUGAAUGCUUUAUCUAAUGACUACAGACUACACAUCAAUGAUGUCGUCGUUUGCCAUAAGUUUCUUAGACAAGAUUCAAAAGUGAUGAAGGCAUCGAUGGAAAAGUUGAGAGCAUUGAAGAUUCAAGAGAUUAGGGAGAUUGAUGCUAAAAUGAAGAAAAUGAGAUGUUUAUUGAACGAAAUCAAGCAGGUUCGAGAAGAACAAAGCGAGCGAGACAAGAAUAUUGAACAGAUUGAUCAACUUCGGUGUGAGAAUGAACGCCUCAAAGCUGAUUACGAUUUAAAGUUGGAGGAACUAGAACAAAAACGUAGUUGCAUCGAGCAACUUCAAAAUCAAAUCAAUGACGGCCGGGAUCGCCACAAAGAAGUCAUGGAAAUUCUCCAAAAACCACCAGUCGACACUCUCGGAGAACUUACAAAAGAAGACGGGAUUCUCAAAAAGGUUUUGAAUUCUGCCGAAUGCGUCAAUGGAAAGAUUGACCGAAUGUCAAAAACAUUCACCAAUUCUUUCAAUCAAACAUUGGAGUGGCCACAAACUCUGACGAAGAUUCUCGAAGAAUUCUAUUCUAGAAUUGAAACGAAAUUUGAUGAUAACGGUAGCAAGGAUACUACUUUCCAGGAGUCUACUGUCAAGCUCUUUGAUGAUCUUAAGGAACGACUCAUUCAAAUCAGCGGUGAUAUAGAUGAAAAAAUCAAGCUCAAUGAGCAGAUAAAUAUGCUCCGAGAGAGCAAUGCCACAUUUGAGGCGAAUCUGAAAUCAAAAGAAGCGAACUUGAAGAAUAAUGUCACCCGAAUGGAUGAGUUGACUAGAGAGCUGGCAGAUGUUCAUUCGGAGUUGAUGGGGAAAACCCAACAACUCACAAUUUCACUUGCUGAACCGAGAGAAGACCCCGAAUUGAAGAAAAAGGUCGAUACAUUGACCACUGAGAUUUCUAGACUGGAAGGCCUUCUUACCGCCGCCAAUCAUGACAAGCGUCAAGCCGAGAAAGAUAUCCAAACUCACCAAACGACAAUCACUACUACUCAAAAACAGUUACGCGAUACAGAGAAAAAAUUUCGAGAUGUUGAGUCUGCCAUGAAGGCAUUGGAAGUAGAGAAUCAAAAGUUUCAAAUGGAUUGCAGAUCAACUACAGAAAAAGUUCGACAGGAGACCACCCAGCUUGCUCUCUCUCAAAGAAAGGAGUUACUCGCCCAACAUGACUCCUUAGUAAAUGACCUCAAACACAAACAAACAGAAACUGAGAAGAGACUUCAAACUUCAAUUGAAAAAUUAAAAGCAUUUGAAGAGACGACUGGUAAGCAUACUAAGACUAUCAACGAGCUUGAGUCAAAGAUAGCUACAUACAAAGACCAGUUAUUACAGCAGAAGCUUCAGCUUCAAAGCUUGGAGGAAAGCUCCAUAUCUCCUGAUCAACUUCAGAAAUUCGAACAAGAACACAAACAAGAGAUACUAUCAAUUCGCAAAGAGCAAGCAAGUCAGAAUGCAUCAUUACAAGCUUGUCGAGAGGAAGGUCUUAGAAUUAAAGUUGAACUUGAAGGCGCUCAUAGAAGACUUCGUGGAAUUAACGAAGAGAAUGGGCACCUGAUGAAGGACAACGAUCGUUUACGAAAGCGUUUGGAGGAUAUAAAUGCGAUGACUGAAAGUACUCAAAAAAUGAUUGGCAAUUCCCAUCGUGUUGAUGAAAUUGGACCAACAUCGCGCAACGAUAAUCGAUCGUCUUCACGCAGACCUGCUGAGCGGCGAUAUAGCAAUUUCCAUUAUCAACCUCUUGAAAACGGCAUGGGAGAAAACCAACAUACGGUCCGUGAAUUCCAGACUGACGAAGUAAACAAAACCUCUCCACGAACUUUGUCGUCUUCGCAAACAUAUAGCGACAACAAUGGCGGAAGUCAGACGCCAAUUAAACCAUUUUCUACUAUUGCUACUCUUGCAACAAGCCCUUUGACUGAUUUGGAGGAUGUUAUGCCAAUGGUUCAAUCUGCACAUAGCCGGGAGGAUUUACAGCGAGCAUACAACAAAAAUCGUCAGUUAUCCAACGAUAAGAUCGCAAAGAUGGAGAGUCGAUCCAAGUACUAUCCUUAUGGAGAAGAACACGUUGGGACCCCAAAGUCUAAAAUCAACAAAGUCAUGCUUACUCUCGAAGGAGAAUUUGUCGACACACCAACUCAAGCGUCCAGGGCUAUUCUUUCAGUUGCAGAAGAAUCUGUUCAACGCCGAACGAAUAAGCCACUCAAAUCCGCUCUGAAAAAAGGCGAUCACCAGGACUAUUCUAUUACUCACGAUGCCUCACAAGAUCAAGUUCAUAACCAAGACGAGAGACCUUUCAAAAGGCCGGCACUAAGAAACAAUCACGCUUCCAGUAUCGGACUUCAAGCGACCCGUGGGACUGGUACAGGCAGCUACAAUCGUAUUGCGAGUGGAGAACCAAAAGUUGCAAGUUUAAGGGCACCGGAACCUCGAUAUGAGCCAACACCUGAGAUCAAGCGGAAUGCUAUGAAGAGAGCAAGAUCAAAUUCGUCCCUUCAUACUCAGGAUCUACAAUCCACCAGACCUGCGAAAGCCCCAAGAAUCAACCGCCGCCAGCCAACAAACAAGACAAUUAUUCCAGAUUCUCAGUGA